AUGACUAUUCCACGAUUAGAACUGAUGGCGGUGCUGAUAGGUGUUCGUUGUUUGAAAUUUGUUACGGACCAAUUAAAGUUGGAUUUGAAACAACUGUAUCUAUGGACAGAUUCACAGUGCGUUUUACACUGGAUAAAGUCUACAAAGGUAUUGCCUGUUUUUAUUCAAAACAGAGUGAAAGAGAUAAGAUCAAACCAAAACAUCAACUUUAAACAUGUUUCGGGAAGUGAAAAUCCUGCAGAUAUUGCUUCAAGGAGUUCUUACUUAAAGGAAGUCAGUAAUUGUGAAUUGUGGUGGCAUGGCCCACAAUGGUUACUACAGGCUCCGAACACAUGGGCAGAUCACGAUCAUAAUACAAGUACAAACUGUCCACAAGACGAACAGGAAGCACAUGAUACAGAAAGCAUGGUGCUACAAGUUUCUGAUGAAGACAAGAAUGAUACAAAUCUUGUGCCAUUUGGAAUAAACAUUGAGAAGUAUUCCUCCUUAACAAAGUUACUUCGAGUUUCAGCCCUUACACUCAGAUUCGUUAAGAAAAUACGACAACAAUCCUGUGAGAAUGGGUAUUUAAAAUCCUCCGAAUUAAAGGACGUAGAGCAAAAAUGGCUUUUACAUGUUCAGAAGAAAUACUUUGCAAGUGAAUUAGACGCAAUUUCAAAUGCCAAAAGGAACAACCUGCAAGUACAGUUGGGCCUUUACAUAGAUGAAAAUGGAUUAUUGCGAUGUCAAGGGCGGUUAGAAAAUGCCGGAUUGUGUGAAAACGCUAGACACCCUAUCUUGUUACACAAAAAGGAUACGUUUACACAUCUUGUUAUAGAAAAAAUGCACAAGGAAAUAUUACACAGUGGUGUUUCACAGACCUUAGCUGGAGUAAGACAAAGAUUUUGGAUUCCACAUGGCCGAGCUGCUGUGAAGUAUGUCAUAAACAAGUGUACAAUUUGUCGCCGGUUUGAAGGUGCACCUUACGAGAUGCCGCCGAUGCCUCCUCUACCAAAAUCACGAGUUACGGAAGCAAAACCCUUCAGACGCACAGGAUUGGAUUACUUAGGCCCACACUUUGUGAAGAACAAAACGCCUAAAAAAGUUUGGAUUUGUUUAUUUACCUGCCUAGUAACUCGAGCAGUACAUUUAGAAGUUGUCCUAGAUAUGACCACUGAAGAGUUUUUAUUGUGUUUCAGACGAUUUGUGUCACAAAAAGGCGCACCAACACAGAUUAUUAGUGAUAAUGGCUCCCAAUUUAAAGCUGCUAGCUCAAUCGUAGAUCAGAUAUGGAGAAAAACGAUUAGCAGUGAAGAAGUUCAAACAUAUGUGUCAAACGCAAGAAUAACGUGGAUUUUCAUAAUUGAAUUAUCUCCCUGGAUGGGUGGAUUCUAUGAACGUCUCGUUGGUCUUGUGAAAAGAGUAUUUCGAAAAGCAUUAGGAAGACGUCUUCUGACACUUAUUCAGUUACAAACACUAGUUAAAGAAGCCGAAGCCGUUAUAAAUUCAAGACCACUGGUGUAUGUAGGCGAUGACGUCAACUCAAGCAUUACGUUAACGCCCAAUCACUUUUUAACUUUAAUCCCAACUAUUGGUAUACCAGAGUCAGAAAAAGAUGACAAAGAUACUGAUUUCAGGACAAAGGAAAGUACAAAAGAUCGGCUGCUUGAAAUAUGGAAAAAAGGUCAAAAAGUACUUAAUAUGUUUUGGACCAUUUGGCGCAAUGACUACCUCUUAAGCCUCCGAGAGCGAACGCAAACGCGCCUAAAAACUGGACGAUCACACUUUGAAAAUCAUCCACAAGAAGGUGAUAUAGUAUUAGUGAAAGAUGAUCUCCCCAGAGGAAGUUGGAAAUGUGGCAAAAUAGUAAAAUUAGUGCAGAGCAGUGACAAUCAGAUACGUUCGGCAAAGGUCAAGAUGCCAUCUGGAAAAUUGCUUGGACGUCCAUUAUGCUUGCUUUAUCCUAUUGAAACGUCAACCUGUGUUAGUGAUACAGUUUCGCCACAUGUUGAUACGUCAAGUGUUAAAGUUAGUGAACCAAUUAAAUUUGUCCGUGUACCACGCGCGGCUGCGGAGGAUGCUAAGCGCAAAAUUCGUGAACAACUCUCACAAUAA